GGGCGUUCCAAACAGCAGCGAAAUGAAGGACAAUCCAGUGAAAUGUCUUUUUAACUGUCAAAUUUAAACCUGUUUGAAAUCUUCCUCAUAGUUUUAAAUAUGUUGUUGAGCCGUACUUAAGAUUAGGUUUGGUAGUGUUCUUUCGUUGGUCACACUUGCAGAUGAUAAAUAUGCACAUGUAUGUGACGCAGUGCAUUUGAGGUUUGAUAAAAGUGGAACGGAAACUAGACAAGUCAUCUGUCACGGGAAUGUAAAAGCAGCUGCAGCCCGCAUAUUUCUUUCAUUUGCAAUUCACCCAAGAAGAUGAGAUGGGUCCCUCCAAAUGGCUUAUCUUUUUUGCAUGCAUUUAUUUGAAAGGGUCUGAAAGUGAAGCCUCGUCCUGGACAUCCACAUCUCCAGCCUCAGUUAAAGGGCUCAUUGGCUCCUGUGUGGUGAUCCCCUGCUCUUUUAACUAUCCAGAUGAAGGAAGUAAAUAUGAAUUCAUCGGGAUUUGGAAAAAUCCAAAUGGCGUAAUUUUUCACUCAAGCUCUGGACAGACGUUACAGGAGUAUCGGAAUCGCGUUGAGCUUGUUGGGGAGCUGAAAGGAAAGAACUGCUCUCUGAAGAUCGACCCCCUUCAAAACAGCGACGUGGGGCCUUUUGAUUUUAGAAUUGAAAUUAAGAGCUACAACAGCUAUUCCUACAAAAAUUACAUCGCCAUUUCAGUCAUAAGUGAGCCAAAUCCUCUCCAAUUCUCGGUGGAAGUGGACCUUAAGGAGGGACAAAAUGUGUCUGCAUUCUGCUCUGUGUCUCACUCCUGCCCCGCCUCUCCUCCCAAUUUCAAGUGGAAUCACCUUGGAGAGGAGAUUCAUCAGUCCCAACAGCUUGGCAAUGCAGAGUGGAACACAACAUCUAUUCUGAGCUUUCGGCCAACUCAUAUUGACCACAACAAGCCUUUACAGUGCACUGUAACCUACAAAGGGGGGAAAAGUCAGGAGAUAUCCAAGAUACUUCAUGUAAAAUAUGCACCGUUGAAUGUGAACGUUGAAUACAAGGUCGACGUAAAGGAGGGAGAAACUGUGGCUCUCACUUGCUCCAGUGAGGCUCAGCCUCCUGUCAGUCGCUACGAGUGGCACAAUGAAACUGGAGCAAAGAUCUCUCAGGGAAACCUCUACAUAGUGUCAAAUGUUUCUAGAACAAUAGGAGCAAUGUAUUGUACUGCUAUCAACGACGAGGGAAAAAAUGUUUCACGGCCUGUCCAACUCAAUGUUUUAUAUGCUCCUGAGAUGAAGACUGAGUCGUCAUGCUCAAUAGAGAGGGACUGGGUGAAGUGUGAGUGUAUUGUGGACUCCAAUCCUGCCAGCACCGUCACAUUUAAGCAGUCUGACAAAAUUCUGCCUGGUACUACAAGAGAUAAAAAUGGUUUCUAUACCAUAAAGAUUCUUUUGAAAGACAUCGAGUCUUCCAAGUUUGUGCAGUGUUUGGCAUCUAACAUCCAAGGGAAGGCCAGCCAUACACUCUCUGUACCUCAUGACGAGACGAUACUUUACAUUUUCAUUGCCACUGGAGCAGCAGGGUUCUUGCUGUUGGUUAUACUUUUAGUUGGAGUUUAUAAGAAAUGCACGGGGAAACCUAGAGACACUUCAGGAUUAAACAUGAGUGCCAUGAUGACAGAAAGACCUCAGGAACCCCCAGAGGAGGCCUCAAAAAGGAAAAAGACUUGUGAUGAUCCACAUUCUUCUAAUAUUUAUAUGAAUGAAGAUAUGUAUGGAAAUGUUGGGACUGACUGGGAUGAUCAAAUAUAUGCCAAUGUCCAAUAAAUAAAGGAAAAGCUGCAGUCUG